AUGAAAUUGGGUCCGGCAUUGAAAUUGAGAGCGACGAUCGCGAGACGUUUGGGACACUGCACGAUAUGCCUUCAUUGCGUUCACUGUCACGGAGCUUCGUCACUCGGUACGUCAUCUGGAACCACGUCUGCGGCGUCGGCUGCUGCGGCAUGUAAAAAUUUCAAACGAACGAAACCAAAAAGUAACGUGAACGGCGAAACUUCUCAGACUGAAAAGAAAAAAAUAAGAAGAAAUUAG